UUUGUAUUUUUAAAAUAUUACCGUUUUUGUACGACAGAAAGUUUGACAAACCGAAAAACAAGUUGUACUAUACUACAAUAAUAUCACUACUCUUAUGUCCACACAAAUCCAAAAAAAAAAGAGAACUGAAAAGAUGAAUUUCAAUAAAUGUCAAUACCAACAAAAUAUCAAACAACUUUCUUCUUAACAAUUUUAUUCUCCUCCUCCCAACACACAAGAGACCCAAGAACAAAAAAAGCAUGGAUCAUGAUAACAUGCAUAACAUGCCUCCACCAUCAUCAUCCAUGAUGAACAACGGAUCCAUGAACGGAGGAGGAGGAGAUCAUCACAAGAUGAUGUUGAUGCACAUGACUUUCUUCUGGGGCAAGAACACGGAGGUUCUCUUCUCCGGUUGGCCAGGAACAAGCUCCGGCAUGUAUGCUCUCUGUAUCAUAUUUGUCUUUUUCCUCGCCGUCCUCACCGAAUGGCUUGCUCACUCCUCUCUCCUCCGUGGCACCAGCGGAGAUACGGCUAAUGCCGCCUCCGGACUCGUCCAAACCGCCGUGUACACCCUCCGUACCGGCCUCUCUUAUCUAGUCAUGCUAGCCGUUAUGUCAUUCAACGCCGGCGUGUUUAUCGCCGCCCUCGCCGGUCAUGCCAUCGGUUUCAUGUUGUUUGGAAGCCGAACUUUCCGGAAUCCCUCCGGUGACCGGGAAACGAAAGAUCUGCUUCCUGCCUCAGGUUGUGCUUGUUGAUUAUUAUAAAUGUAUUAUUUUAUUCACACUUGUGUUUCUAAUAAAUAUCUAGGAUUUGUACUUUUCUUGAUUGUGUUUUGGAUUGUUCUUGAGGUUCACGGGUGUUAGUGUGAGGAGGAGGAAUAUUUUCUAUUUGUUUUGAUUUAUGAUUUUUGUAUUUUCUGGUUAAUAUGAUUAAAUGGUGAAAGCUGAAGAUAUCAAUUUACUAA